CGGUUCCCAAUAAAAAUAUAUAGUUUGAUAUUUGCAUUUUUAGUGUUCGGUCUUCGUUGGCCUUGUCUUCUACUGUUCUACAGAUCGUUCAUCUAGAGCUCUGUUCUGUUCUGUUCUGUUCUGUUCUGUUCUGUAGCAAGGUAAGAAGGAAAUCUUUAAGUGGGAGUUUUGUAAUCAAACUCUGGAUUCUUGUGCAUCUUCUUUUCUGCUUUCUGUAGUUUGUUCCUAUGAAUGAUCAAAGUCAACUGUUCUCGAUCCUGAAACUAUUCGCUUCCUGAUUCUAUAGCUGACUAAGGUUCUAAUUUGGGAAUUAUGGUGAGAUUCUAUGGUAAUUUGAUGCUGUUUCCUUUGCACUCAUAGGUUGAUGAUGAUAUUGGUAUCUCAAGGAUUGGGAAUUUAUGUGGUGGAGAGCAAAGGAGGAGCAAUAUUAUGUAUAUUGCUUUCUCUGCUCUGUUUAGGCACUUGGCCUGCUCUUAUGGCUCUUCUUGAACGGCGUGGUCGUCUCCCACAACAUACCUAUCUUGAUUAUUCCAUCACUAACUUCUUGGCUGCAAUCUUCAUAGCCUUUGUGUUUGGUGGGAUAGGUGAGAGUACACAGGAGGCACCAAGUUUUCUUGGACAGCUCACUCAGAUUCAGGAUAAUUGGCCUUCUGUGUUGUUUGCUAUGGCGGGUGGGGUGGGUUUGAGUAUUGGGAAUCUUGCUACUCAGUAUGCUUUAGCUUUUGUUGGUCUGUCUGUUACAGAAGUAACAACUGCGAGCAUCACCGUUGUUGUAGGCACCACUGUCAAUUACUUUUUGGAUAACAGAUUGAACCGAGCAGAUGUGCUUUUCUCUGGUGUCGGCUGCUUCUUUGUAGCUGUUUGUCUUGGUUCUGCUGUUCACUCUUCCAAUUCUGCUGAUGUAGAGGCUAAACUAGGAAAAGUCUCGAGGAAUUGUGAAACUGUGGAAGAGUGCCAGAGACUAUUUGGAGUAGUGGAAGAAGAGAUGGAGAAUGCAAAGGAAGGGACUGCAGCUUUUCUUGUAGCACUCGAAAACACGAGAGCAAUCAAAGUGUUUGGAAAGAGCAUGGUUGUUGGUCUGGGCAUUACCUUUUUUGCAGGUCUUUCUUUCUCAUUGUUCUCACCUUUAUUCAACCUUGCAACAAACGAUCAAUGGCACACUCUAAAACAAGGUGUUCCCAAUCUGAUUGUCUACACUGCGUUCUUCUACUUCUCACUAUCUUGCUUUGUGAUCGCCAUCGCUUUAAACAUUACUUUCCUGUACAACCCUGUGCUCGGCUCACCAAGAUCUUCCUUUAGGGAAUACUUGAGUGACUGGAACGGAAGAGGUUUGGCUUUUAUGGCUGGAUUGAUUUGUGGGUUUGGUAACGGUCUUCAGUUCAUGGGUGGACAAGCUGCAGGAUAUGCAGCCUCAGAUGCUGUUCAGGCACUUCCUUUGGUAUCUACUUGUUGGGGGAUAUAUCUGUUUGGGGAGUAUAGGAGAUCAUCUCCGCGGACAUAUGCUUUACUUGUUGGAAUGCUGGUGAUGUUCACUGUUGCUGUGGGGCUCCUAAUGGCCUCGGCUGGGGAAAGAGAGACGCGGUUUACCUAAAGAGUUGAUCAAUAUGGACCAUAUUCAUAGACGGUGUGGCUCUUGGAGGUGUUGUACAUUACAUUGUGGUUAGUCCAGUUACAAGCAAAUGUAUAUGUUCACUAUUUGGUGUUGCACAUUACAUUGUGGUUACUCCAAUUGAAAGCAAAUGUAUAUGUUCGCUAUUUGGUGUUGUACAUUACAUUGUGGUUACUCCAAUUGAAAGCAAAUGUAUAUGUUCGCUAUUUGAUAUUCA